GGCUCUAGAACAUAAUAAACGUCAGCUGACUCUCGUCAACAAGAGUCUCGGUGUUUGUUGCUUGGCCAAAUUUCCUUUUUUCUUUGUCUUUCAAGUCGUAAAACGUGUUGAAUACACGCACGCAUUGGCACAGUAAAUGCGGAAUAAUUCAUAAAAAUAAUGCGUGAACUUUCGUACUUUGUGUAAUGUCUUCACCGAUUCUCGUCUCACUGUGCGUUAUUCGCAUCGAAAUUGUUGAUUCCAAAUCCGAAGAGAACGCUAGUACGAUGGCUGCAAGGAAGAUGAGAGGGUGUAGAGAACCGCGUGACAUAACAGUAGAGAGUUAUGCUAGUGUAACUGAAGGGCCGACUCCCCUUUUGUUCACAUCACAAGGAUCAAGCAAAUCUCACUCUACAUCUCGUACAAAUUCAGAAGAAUCAUCAUUCGGCACGCAAACUGCACUAACGAAUAAUGCAGGAGAAAACGGACAAGCUGCUUCUUCCUUACCUGCCAAUCAGAUCGCUUUUAUCUCAGGCAAUCCAUUUGUCGAAGUCACCAAAGGAAUCUUGCAUCUUUUCAAGGAAGAUGAAUUGACUGAGAGGGAAUGCGCUGCUGACCGUAGUCACACAAUUUGUAUUCUUUCGGUCCCUGCUACAAUGACUUGUCACGAUUUAUUGACGUUCACAGCAGCCUGUCAUCAGGAUAUUCAACAUUUCCGUAUAAUUCGUGAUAGCAGUCCGAAUCAAUACAUGGCGUUAAUAACUCUUCGAUCAUCGAUCGCUGCCAACGAAUUUUACGAAACGUUCAACGGAGCACCGUAUAAUUCCCUCGAACCGGAUGUCGUCUGCCACAUGGUUUUCGUGUCGCGAGUCGAAGUCGCCGACAACGGAUUGUCUUUAGCGGGACACACGGAAUUACCAUCUUGUCCGGUUUGCCUCGAACGCAUGGACGAAAGCGUCGAUGGGAUACUCACCAUUCUCUGCAAUCAUACCUUUCAUUCCAGCUGUCUCGUCAAAUGGGGCGAUAUUUCCUGCCCAAUAUGUCGUUAUGCGCAAACCCCUGAACCUCUUGCAGACAGUCACUGCAUGGAGUGUGAUUCCGCAGUUGCAGGUGCGACAAACGACGCUCUUUGGAUCUGUCUGAUUUGUGGACACAUCGGUUGCUCGCGCUAUCAUCAAGGUCACGCCUUUGAGCACUACCGCGAUACUCAUCACUGUUAUGCGAUGCAACUCGGUAACAAUCGAGUGUGGGAUUACGUCGGUGACAAUUUCGUGCACCGUUUGCUGCAGGACAAAGAUGGAAAAAUGGUCGAAGGUGGCCAAGAACCAACCAAGGGCGAGGGCGGAGGUGUUGAUGAAAAAGUCGACGCUGUACAACUAGAAUUUACAUAUCUUUUGACCUCUCAGUUGGAAACUCAGCGUCAGUAUUUUGAGGACAGGCUUAUCAGAAUCGAGCAAUGCUCUGCUGCGGAUAUUGCUGAACUCCAGGAAAAAAUUGAGCACAUUGCAACAGAAAGCACAGCGAUGAAAGAAAAACUUGUGAGUUUGACGCGUGAGAAACAAAGUCUCGAGAAGCGAUUACAAAACUCAAAUGCGAAGCUGGUGCAAGCACAAAGUGAAUUAAGCGAAGAGAAGGAACUUCGAAAAGCGUUGCAACUAAAUCAAGCAUCUUGGCAAAUAAAACAUAAACAGCUUCAGGACGAACUUUCCGAGUGCAAAGUAUCGAAGGACAGUGAAAUUACAGAUUUACGAGAACAAGUUCGCGAUUUGAUGUUCUUUCUGGAAGCACAGAAGCAGAUCGACAAUUCGGUCGAUAAAGAUGAGAUUGCCAGUGGUCAAAUAAUAUUACCAGAAACAUCGAAAAGCGUAAAGCAUCAUCGCUCAUCAAAAUCUCAUAAAAAACAUUAAAUCUUUUAAAGAAUUAAUUCGUUGCUCAGUAUUUAUUUUUUUCAAUUAAAAUUAAAUGAUCAUCAUCCUUAGUAUCGGAGAGAAACAGAGUUGUUUUUUAUUAAUUGAUUGAUUGCGACAAAAAUUUGGAAAAAUGUAGAUCAUUGAAAACUCGAAUGAAAGAUUAACACUCUAGGAAAUUUUUCUUGAAUUAUCGAAAAAGCCGAUCAAAAAUAUCUGAGAAGAUAGCCUAUUAACGAAACGAUAAUUUUUUUAUUUAUACUUAAUAACACUGUUACAUAAGAAUUUUUAUUUAAAAAUACAGUACCGUUAUACAAGAGCUAUUUUGUACAUAAAUAUUGACAAAAGAGUUUUAUGCUGAUUAGUAGUCCUUAUAAUAUAAUAUUAAAUAAUA